UGCCAGCCAACAGUACCAAUCAAUUUAUCAAAAUGCUUAAGCUAAUUGCUCUGAUUGCUUGCUUGGCCGUCAUCGUUGCCGCCGUUGACGAUCAUCACACCGAUCCCAAGUACAAAUUCGAAUAUGGUGUUAAGGAUGGACACACCAAGGAUCACAAGAGCCAGUGGGAAUCUCGCGAUGGGCAUGCUGUGAAGGGACAGUACACUCUGGAUGAAGCCGAUGGAACCCAUCGUGUCGUUGACUACACCUCGGACCAUAAGGCCGGAUUCCAGGCUCAUGUCCAGCGUGAAGGACACGGAAAGCACCCACACGGAGAGAGCUAUGCUAACAUUGACCAGAAGCAUUGAGAAGAUUGUUAAACAUUGUUUGCAUUGUAAAUAAA